AUGAAGUUUGAGAACAUUCUUGCUGAUAUUAAUGGAUUCGGAAGAUUUCAAGUAAUGAUCAUUGUGAUCAGCUUCAUUGGCCGCUUCACACUGCCCUGCCACUUCAUGCUGAACAACUUCAUAGCAGCUGUUCCUGCUCAUCACUGUGACAUCAGCUCUCUGGACGAUGGGGGUAUUUUUAUGAAUUUAUCUCACGCUGAGAGGCUUGUUGUUGGUAUUCCGGUCCAGCAUGAUGGGACUCCAAGCUCCUGUUACAUGUUCGCGGAGCCUCAGUAUCACCUGCUGUUGAAUUUCUCCAACAUCACUGAUGGACCCACGGUGCCGUGCCGGAAUGGAUGGGUGUACGAUAACACCACCUUUAAGUCAACUCUGACCUCACAGUGGGACCUGGUGUGUGAUAAACGAGGGAAAAACAAAGCAACUGCUACCAUCUUUUUUGUUGGAGUUAUGUUUGGCGCCAUGGCCUUUGGAAGUCUAAGUGACAGGUAUGGCCGAAGGAUCAUGCUGCUGGUGUCGUAUGUGUCUGGAAUGCUGUUUGCUGUUGCGAGUGCGUUUUCUACGUCCUACGUGAUGUUCGCAGUGCUGAGGUUCUUCACUGGCUUUUGCAUCACUGGCAUCGUCAUUGUCUCAGCAGUGCUCAGUGUGGAGUGGGUGGACAUUGAGCACAGGAAAAUGGUGGGAGUGUUGGACAGCUUAUCCUGGACUUUCGGAAAUACAGGGUUUGCAGCCAUUGCCUACUUUGUGAAUGACUGGCGGUUGCUGAUCGUCACUGUUACAUCACCUUUAAUCUUGGCCAUCAUCAUGUGGAGGUGGAUGCCAGAGUCGGCGAGGUGGCUCAUUGCCAAUGGGAAGCUGGAGCAAGCUCAGAUGUAUUUGAAAGAAUGCGCUAAAAUGAAUGGAACAGAGGCGUCAACUAACACACUUAAAACAGAGACAUUAUCCACUAUUGUUGUGACGGAGAAAAGAGAUCGUUCUUACUCCUACUUUGACCUGGUGCGAACACCUGAGAUGAGGAAACUGGCCCUGCGUACUGGUCUAUUAUGGUUUUGUGUUGCAAAUGCAUUUUAUGGCAUCAGCUUCAACAUCGCAAGCUUUGGGCUCAACCUCUAUCUCACUCAGUUCACCUAUGCUUUAAUUGAGGUGCCAGCCAAAGUGUCAGUUUACUACUUGCUGGAUAAGGUGGGCCGACGGCCUACUGAGGUGGGAACUCUGCUGGUUACUGGAGUUUGUCUUGGAAUCAACAUCCUGGUACCAAAAGAUAUGUCUGUGGCUCGAACGGUGGUAGCCAUCGUUGGAAAAGGGUUUUCUGCAGCAUCCUUUGCAACUGUUGUGCUGUACAGCUCUGAACUGUAUCCUACUGUCGUGAGGCAGAACGGUAUGGGCUACAACUCCUUUAUGGCUCGGUUCGGUGUAGCUGUGGCUCCUUUAAUCCUUUUACUGGAUGAGGUCUGGAAGGAUCUGCCGCAGGUCAUCUUGUGCUGUGCGGCUUUCAUUGGGGCAUUGCUGGCAAGAAUGCUGGCAGAGACCCGCAACAGAUGUCUGCCCGAGACCAUCGAGGAUAUUGAACAGAAGCGGUAGUUAACAAGACAUCUGCCUCAAGCACAUAUUUAAUUCGUAGUCAUUUGUAGAUUAAAUUCCAAAUUAAAAAGUAUGAGCGUGUGUACAGGUUGUUUUGUGUUAAUUUAUGCAUACAAUAAGUUUAGGGGUUUAUUUGAGAACAUAGUUGACCUUUUUUGUUAUGUCUGCAAGCUGUCAAUAGACGAUGUGGCUACUAAUCUAUAUGGCACAAAUUACAUUUGUUUUAACAUCCUUCUUUUUAAGUAUCCUUGGAUGAAUAGGUUUUAAUUUGUCCUCUUUAAGGGUCUCAUUCCAGGGAACCGCUGUCAGUAGAUACACAAUGUAUGCUUAAUUGUGAUGGAAUGUAUUUUAAUGAAAAGUUUGUUUCCUUAAAAUUUUAACACAAAAACUCAGCGUCAACAUUCUGUCUGUACAACGGAUUUUAUCAAACUGAGCUCCAUGUCAUGUAAAACAAGAAAGGUGAGUGUAACAUUAACUGCUGUGAAUUUUCCAGGGAAAACGUGUUUAAGAACCAAUAAGUUAUGAAUUAACAAGAAAUUGAGCAUACAGUCGUUAUCAAGUCAGAGGAGGUAUUCACUCAUCACAAACCAGCCUUUGCAAUACUUAUUUACACAUUUAAUCUGACAUUUACUCCUAAACUCCUUCCAAAACAGUAUCAUGACAAAACAGCAAAUGUCUCUCCUCGUGACCACACUGCUUUUGCAAAUAACUGGGCUUACUAAUUAAUAUAUACACAGAAAUUAAGUCAAAGCUCCUUUAUUAAAGAAACAAAGCAAGCACAGAUCUUUGCUGACUCAGCGGUCUCCUAAAGGAAGUUCAACCACAUCUAAAUGACAUGUUUCUGAUAUUCCUUUUGAAAAUCAUUAUAGCCAGGUCUAACAGUUGCUGCGGAUAUUUAAUCUGACAUUACACUUAGUUACAGAAUUAACAUUGAUGGGGGAAAAGAAGAAAAAAAA